AUGAUAUUUAUUCUAUGUUUAUUGAUUUACUUUCAUGGGAUAUCUAUAUUUAUUGUUGGGAUUUUUCAAAUUUUGGAGAGUAUGAAGAUGUAUAAAAUUUUCAGGAUUAAAUAAAUACCAUUUAAAUAUUAGAUAGUGAUAGAAGGAAAUCAUUAUACAUUUGUUGAUACAAAACAAUAUGAAGAAAUUCUUAAAGAUAUAUUCAUUAAAGAUUAGCCAUGUCAUCACUUAAAAUUAUAGAAGGAUUUAAAGGAGAAUAGUAUAUAGUUAGAGAAUUCAUCAGUAAAUAUAGAAGGAUAUAAGAUUUGGGAAAAAUAUUCUCCAACAAUACUUAAUUAUUCAUGGGUAUUUUAAGUUGAUUCUGAAGAUGGGGGAGAAUUUUGGAAAAUAAUGGAAGAAGGAUCUGAUUUUGAUGGAGCUCCAUUAGGCCAUGGUUCAUAUGUUCAUCAUUAUCAACGUAUGAAGCAUUAGCAAAAACAAAUAAAGAAGUGA